GAAGCAAAUAUCUCUCGCCCCACACACCACGGCCUUCUCCUGUCGGCGCACAUGCAGGAGGCCUUCAGGCUUGCGCAGCUGCCCUACCUCCAGCGGCAAGAGACAGAGGGGCCCCCAAGGGGGCCCCCUGAGGAGCCCCCCGAGGGGCCCCCUGGGGGGCCCCCCGAGGGGCCCCCUAUGGGGAACCCUGUGGGGCCCCCUGCAGGCCCUCAUGAGGGGCCCCCUGCAGGGCCCCCUGAGGGGCCCCCUGAGGGGCCCCCUGGGGGGCCCCCUGAAGGGGCCCCUGUGGAGUCUUCUGCGGAGCCCCAGCGGGCCAAGCGGCGAGGGCGACCUAAGCAAGAGCAGCAGCAGCAGAUGGAAGGUCAUGGAGCUGCUGCUGCUGCUGCUGCUACUACUGUUACGAGAAAGAGACGAAAGCAAGAGGCAGCAGCAGCACCAUCCGCAGCAGCCGCAGCAGCAGAGGAAGCAGCAGCAGCAACAGAUGCUGCAUGCGACAUUCCAUCUCUUGAAGAGAUUCCUUGCGGGCCUGGAUUUAGUGGGGCACCCUCUGGGGUUUCUUGUGGGGUACCUAAUGGGGCCCCCUGUGGGGCCCCCUGUGGGGCCCCCUAUGGGGCCCCCUGUGGGGCCCCUCCUUGCGCCUCUCCUGGUGGGUCUUUAG